AUGAAAAUAAUAUUAAAUAUAGAAGUAUUAUUAAAAGAUGAAUCAAAUAUACAAUAUAAUAGAAUAAAGUCUAUUAUUGAAUCAGCACCAGAUCUAUUAUUUACAAGAAUAUUAAAAUAUCAACAAGAUCAACAACAACAACAACAAUCAUUACAUCAUGAUGAAUUUAAAAUGAUACUUGAUUCAAAUGUAUUUAAUGAUCAAUUAUCAAAAGAUGUAAAAGAGAUUAAAGUAUUCACCUCUAGUAGUAAUAGUCUAAUUGAUUAUAAAGGUGGAUUGGAAACUAUAGAGGUAAAGAAACUUGUUCAUAUUUAUAAACUAUCAAAUGAAGAAUCAGUUGAAGAAGAUGGUGAUACUGAAGAAGAAGCAUCUCCCUAUCAAAUAUUAGUUCUACCAAAUAUUCAAUUAAAUACUUUAUGGGAAAAUUUAAUUUAUGAUGAUGGAAUUAAACAAAAGAUAUUAAAUUAUAUGUCAACAUUGGUAUUAUUUUCAAAAUCAAAUAUUGAUGAUAAUAUUAUAUCACAUAAUCGAAUCAUUUUAUUAAAUGGUCCACCUGGAACUGGAAAGACAAGUCUAUGUAAAGCUUUGGCUCAAAAAUUAUCAAUUCAAUAUAAUCAUCUUUUUCAACAAUCAAUACUUUUUGAAAUUAAUUCUCAUAGUUUAUUUAGUAAAUGGUUUUCAGAAAGUGGAAAAUUAGUAAUGAAAGUAUUUGAAAAGAUUAGAGAACAAGCAGAGGAUAAAGAUACAUUGGUUGUUGUAUUGAUUGAUGAAGUGGAGAGUUUAACUGCAGCUAGAAAGUCUGCUUUAUCAGGAUCUGAACCAUCAGAUUCUAUUAGAGUGGUCAAUGCAUUUUUGACACAAUUGGAUCGAUUAAAAUCAUUUCCAAAUAUUUUAAUCCUAACAACUUCAAAUUUAAUGGGUGCUGUUGAUGUUGCAUUUAUAGACAGAGUUGAUAUUAAACAAUUUAUUGGACCACCUAAAGAAUUUGCUAGAUUUAUUAUCAUCAAAUCUUGUAUUGAUGAAUUAAUUAAAAAGAAUUUAAUCAAACAAGAUUCAAACAAUAAGAAAUUGAAAUGA